GUCCGAGAAAGCAGAGUCACAGAUGGGUUCAGUUCAGUUAUUUCGUCUGUUUUGCAGGAUGGCAGGUCCGGUCCGAGAAAGAGUCACAGCUGCCGACAGACGCCAGUUUGAUUUUGUUCAAACCUUGCUACGUAUUUCUGACAAACUGACAGAAGAGGAAACGACAAUCAUGAAGUUGUGCUGUCUGCAUCUGAUCCCUAAAAGACAGGUGACACAACUCAAGCGGGCGCUGGACGUUUUCCACAAGCUGAUGGAACUGGAAAAAAUCGACCAGGAGAACUUGGAGUUUAUUGAAGAGAUCCUGGAAAGAAUCGGACGACAGGACCUGAUUCGGGACGUUCUGUGGCCGUUCCAGCCCCCGGACCGAGAGAUUCCGGAAAAUCCCGAACUCCAGCCGGAAAAGCCCGAUCUCCAGCCGGGAACAAGUCUGGAAGGUACGACAGCAGAUGGUGAUGUGCUAGGAUACUUCGACGAUGUUAUCGAGCAAGUCAGCAACAAGUGGGAUGACCUGGCCCGGAGGCUGGGAUUUCACGAUAACGAAAUCAAAGUAAUCCGAGAAUUGGAGCGUGACCUUGAUCACAGGUGCAGGGAAAUGCUGACCAGGUGGAGAAACAGGGAGGGAAGUAGAGCUACUCUGCAGCUCCUGAAGCAAGCCUUGGAGAACAUCGGUGAAACUCGGACAGCAGAGAGCAUUGCAGGAAACGCCACGUCUAACAUCUACCUGGACGUGCACGGUCAGGUGCGCAUGAUCCAGGAAACUCUAGAUCAUCUUAAAAACCGCCUGGCAACGUUAUGUGGCACCAGAAGGUCACAUGUCAUGUAUAGAGGUUACAAGAAGCACAAGAGCAUCCUGGUGCACUUCUCCAUACCGCGGGAGAACACGGCGGUGCUGAGGCACAUGGCGGAUCACUCCGACCCGAGACUUGUCUACAUGGGCGUCAAGUCCCUGCAGAUCGAUGCUGAAGUUCCCAUCAAAGUCCAACAGGGGGCGCCGUUGUACGAUAUCAAGAGACAACUGCCUGUUGAUGACAUCGAGGUGGGCUGCAGUACCAGAAACAAAAACCAGAGGGCGCCCCACAGCUGGACCCGCCUGUCUGCCCUGAACCUGUUCUCGGACGCCCUGCCGCUCCAUCUGCAGGCAGCCGCGAGUCUGGAGUACCAGGGCUUCUCCUACAGCCUGGUCCAGGCUCUGGUGAAGAAGGACCGGCUCAGAGAACACCAGAUGAGGCAGGCCAUCCAGAACCUCAGGAACGCAGAGGUGGAUUCCAACACGCUCCGUCAGAAGGCAGAGGUGGAUUCC